UUCCAGAAUUUACAUGCACACAAAUAUUAUUAGGAUCACAAUUUAGUCAUAUUCUGUGCAUGUAAGAAUCAUUAACCUAAUGCCCAUAACAACAUUUUGGUGUCUAGUAAUCUGAAUACGACAGCUAUGUAUUAAUCCGAAUAUUCGCUGGCUGUAAGGAUUUUAUAUAAUAUUUUAGACUAUUCACAGUAAUUGGACAUGUACUUAUGUCCGCGUUAGAUACAGAUAAUUCAAAUACAUAGUUUGAAUUUCUCUCCUGUUUUUUAUCGCACCAGAAAUUCCAAAUUCCGUCCCUGAAGGUGUUCAUCGACUCUCUUUAUUCGGGCCGCUGAAGGGAAAGGUCGCUGCCGCCGGCUGAACGUCGAAGCUUCCCGCCGCUGCGUGCCUUCACGCGCUUCGGAUCGAAGGAGCGCGCGCUCACGUGCGCUUGGACGCGGACCUGCUCGCGCUCGCGUUCAGAAGCGCGGAAAGUUUACAGUGGCUCACGUUUUUGACCGAUAAUUGAAAGUCUUAAUGUAGAGUUAAAACUGUAAAAUACAGCGACACGUUCUUUUUAAGCCUUUUAAACUUAGAAACGGUGUGUAGGAUUAAGAAGGGCGAAGCUCUGAUUAUCCCGAAGGCUUCGGGAUGUUUUAUUCAUUAAAUGCAAAACCGUUCCCUCUCUUUACCGUUCCCUUCCCCUAUACAUUUCCUUUCUAUUGAGUUCCUUUCUUUCCUGUUCUCUCUUCCUCCCUUUUCAUCUCAGUGUGCUUAUUAUUUUAUUUAUUUUUUACCUUUCAUCUGUUUUCUUUAUUAUGCUCUUAUUAUUAUUAUUAGCUCGUUAUGUUUGCUAAUUCAAACGACUCAUGCUUUUAGUUUUUUAAAGCAGUUUCCAAUCUAAUCUAAUCAUUUUGCACCUGUCCAGGAACGCCGAACCUGCUGCCCCGAUGCAGGAGAAUCCAAAUGUAAUGUUAUUUGUGUGUAAAGGCACACAAGGCUGCUUUAUGCUGACGCGCACUGUCUUCAAAGGUCGACGCGUUUCCAAACUCACCUUUGCGCGCACCGGGCGUUCAGCACAGCUGCUUUUUUAUGAAAAAGUGAGUCGGGGUGGAGGGGUUGGGGGGUUCAUUCACAACUAGCCGUGAACCGCUCGGGAUCAUCCGCACGUGCAUUUGCGCACAGCCUCGCGCAAAAUCUCUGAUCGCCACCACCGGAAGGUCUCGUUUUUGGUCUCCCACGCGCAUCCACUCGACUGCGCGUGCCACAGCGAUGUGGGUCCGAACCGCGGGGCUUUGACGAACGAUCACGGGUAAAGCGGAUGAACCCCUUCGGCUUUCCGAGGAGAGGCGAGGCUGACGGCUGACACGAUGCGAGGACUGGACAACAGUACCUUCCAGUCCAACAUCCCAGUGGCUGCUGACAUCACAGUGGGCGUGGUCUACUCCCUUUUUGGUGUUUGUUCUCUCUGUGGAAACAGUAUGCUGCUGUAUGUGUCCUACAAGAAGAAGCACCUCUUAAAACCAGCCGAGUUCUUCAUUGUUAACCUGGCCAUCAGCGACCUGGGCAUGACUCUCAGCCUCUACCCCCUCGCCGUCUCCUCAAGUCUCGCACACAGAUGGCUUUAUGGAAGGACAGUGUGUGUGAUCUAUGCCUUCUGUGGUGUUUUGUUCGGAAUCUGCUCUCUGACCACUCUCACUAUACUCAGCACUGUUUGCUGCCUCAAAGUCUGCUACCCACUUCAUGGUAACAGGUUCACUUAUGAGCACGGUCGUGUGUUAAUAGCAUGUGCAUGGGCCUACGCGCUGGUGUUCGCAUGCUCUCCCCUCGCCCACUGGGGUCAGUAUGGUCCUGAACCCUACGGCACAGCCUGCUGUAUCGACUGGGCCUGGUCCAAUCACAACUCAGUCGCCCGCUCCUACACCUCUGUGCUCUUCAUUGCCUGCUACAUUGUGCCAUGUGGCAUCAUCAUUGUCUCCUACACACGCAUACUGCUGACGGUCCGAGAGUCCCGCAGGGCAGUGGAGCAGCACAUCUCAGCGCAGACGCGCAUGGGCAACAUCCAGGCCAUCAUCGUGAAGCUGAGUGUGGCGGUGUGUAUAGGAUUCUUCACCGCAUGGAGUCCAUAUGCGCUAGUGUCUAUGUGGGCGGCGUUUGGCCAUUUUGAGGACAUCCCGCCCCUGGCCUUCGCCAUCCCCGCGGUUUUUGCCAAAUCCUCCACCCUUUAUAACCCUCUCAUCUACCUCUUGCUCAAACCCAACUUCCGCCACCUCCUCUGCAAGGACAUGCGCUCCCUACGAGGGGUUUGCAUGCACUACUGCCUGUGCCAGUGUUUUCCGCACUGGAGCUACCGCCCAUCGCUAGCCCUCAAUCUGCGGCCCCUGCGGCGGCGAGGCCAGUCCAUCUCCGAAUCAAUGGGGGGGCCAGUAGGUCUGUUUCACUGCCCUUGCGAGAGGUGCAACGACCCGUUUGAGCAGUUUAAGCACUACCCACGCCGCUGCCCCGUCAACGUGAACACUGUGCAGCUGUCUCUGCAGGACAGCACCGAACCCGAAUUGGAGCCGGAGCUGAAACGAGAACCUAGAGAGAUAAAAGAACGCAAACCAAAGAGCCAAUCAAUGGAGUGUAAGAAAUCCGUACGGGUGAUUGUGAGGGGGCGGAAAUGUUCCGAGAUCGACAGUCUGGAGAUCACUUUGGAAACGGUGCCUGCUCACGGCAAAGCUGCCAAAACGGCAAACUGUAACACCUGAGCCUAUGCAUGGGUGCGUGUGUGUAUUCACCUGUCUGGAAAUCGACUUUCACGUAUGCCUCAAUUAAGACCCUGACAACAAAUGACUUUCUGAACAAAGUAUUGUGUGUGUUGGUUUGUCUGUAAUGGAGUGCAAUGACUAUUUUUUAAAAGUCUUUUUUUUGAAAGAAAUAGUUUCUUAUGAACAACUGAAACAAUGUUAGCGUUUUUAACUCAUCGAAAUUUUAAAUGAAGUCACGUCUUAGCUACCAGCCGAGGGACUGAACACAUAUGCAUUCUUGAAGUCGCUUUGGUAAACAUGAAGAGUAUGUUUUUACAGUACAGCUGUUGUAAAAACCUCCUUUCAAAGCACUUUUUACACGUUCUAAACCCCAGGUAAAUGGAAUCCUGUGUUGUUUCAUAAUGCUUAUAAUUACCUGAUGAUGAUAAUUAAUCCUGGGUAUUCAUAUGCUGUCACCAUUUAUUACUAAACCCCAGGUUAAUGUUCUUAUUUGCAUAUUUGCAAUUUCAGCGUCAUUGAUUUAAUGAACAUAGCACUCAACCUGUUUACAUUACACCUUUCGCAUUGUGCUUUAUAUUAUAUAAUGCAGACUGUACGAUUAGGUUUUUCCUGAAUGGACUCUCUUCCUCGCGAGUUUUCUAUUCAUAUUAUGACGAUAGGCGCAAAUGACAGAAACAGUGGGUUUGGCGUCAGGUCCUGGAGAGUCAUUAAUCACUCACCCCCAUAUCGUUCCAAACCCGUAGGGCCUUCGUUCAUCUUCACAACACAAACUAAGAUAUAUUGAUGAAAUCCGAGAGCUUUCUGACCAUGCAUAAAAACCAAUGCAACUGACACAUUGAGAAGCCAGAAAGGUAGUAAGAACAAAAUUAAAAUCAACCUGGUCUCAUAAAAAUAUGUACAUCUGUGCACUUUUCGUGCAACAUAGUUUUUACACCGGUUCAAUAUGUGAACCCUGGUACAUUUUUUAAUGAUAAUAUAUAUACGUAUUCAGAAUUAAAAUAUCCGUGGACUGUUGCUAAAAGUUAAUGCUCUAUCAUGUUAGAAAUAUGCCCUACACCAAAUCCAACCUUAGUCUUAACAAAUGCAAAACACAUUUGUUAAUGCAACAGAUUUGAAUUGUUUAGUUAAACGGUAGUUACGCAGGAUUCAAACCAGAGCUCCUUGCCUAUUAAACACGUGUAUGUACUCCUUGAGCUACCAAAUAUACCUACUCUCUAUGAAAACCCAUAGAUAUGUCUCAUGUAACGUUCAAAAGCAUCAGUUUUCCAAAAUCCCAGCAUAUUAGUAUUGUCACAACAUGAUAUUCUUCAAGUAAAGAAUUUUGUGCAAAAAUUACGCUUUAUUAAUUGAAACUUUGUCAAUUUGUGUGAAAAGGAAUAAAAGGUGUUAGAGUUUUACUGCCUCUAAUGUUCGUUUCUUUUGGAACCUGUAGUGAUAUGUACUUGUACAUAUUUUGCGUCUCGCUAAAAACGUGCACUCAGGUUUUUUUUUUUAUGCCAUGAGACCAGGUAGAUUAAAAUUUGAAUUUGAAUGAAGCUUUGAGAAUACUUGCAGAAAGAAAACAAAAAUAACAAUUUUUCACAACAAAACCCAGUCAUGUUUCAAGGGGGUCCCCAGGUAAAAAUGCAUUCUGGAGGUGAAACACGUGGUUUUCUUCCAGCUUCCACUGGUUAAAUCUUAAUUUUAGGGGCUAAAUAUCACAUUAUUAGGGUCGCUUAAUCUCAAGAAAACAUGAAAAACAUCCUUGGCAGACUUCUCAACACUGAUGCUGGCUCAUGCUGAAAGAUAUGAAAUGUUGAAUAAAGACUUUUUUCGGAGUUUUCUUUGUUCACAAAAAGUAUUCUCGCAGCUUCAUAAAAUUACAGUUGAACCAUUGAUGUCACAUGGACGAAUUUAAGAAUGUUCUUACUACAUUUCUGGGUUUUGAACCGGGUAGUUGCUUUGCUCUCUAUGCGGGAUCACAACGCUCUCAAACCUAUUUAAAAAUAUCUUUGUGUUCGGAAGAUGAACGAAGGUCUUAUGGGUUUGGGACGGCAUGAUUUUUGGAUGAACGAUCCCUUUAACUGCGACAGAAUCAAGUGUACAGGAUUGUGCGAUAACAAAAAGGCAGGAUACGACAAUGCUAUUUUCAAAAAUCGUUCAGGUGAAUGCAUCUCUGGAGACAGGAAAGCUAACAUUGGAUUUAGACGUAUAGCUUGAUGCCUAAAUAUGUAUGUUUUCUCUGAUCAUUCAAGAUAUAUGGUGCCAACAGUGUGGGGUUAACAUAACAAAAGCAUCAGAGCAGGGUUUUACAAUACCAGGUAAAAGGAAGUGUUAACCAUUCUACUUAAGGAUAAGUGUGAAACAUUACUCUACCUGGGGGUAUAAUGAUGUUAACCUAGGGUUGAAAGGCCCUAUAUGAGUGACUAACUGAUAUGCUUACAAUUUUGACUAUAUUAACUUUAAUUAAAAUGAAAAAAGAUGUUAUUGGCAUUAGAUGGAUGUUUUGUGGGUCACACUCAAGAAUCUGUUUCAGAGCUAUAGAUUCAAAUAGUUGAAUGAGACUGUAUGUAUUAUUGAAAUAUUUAAUUUUUGUUUCUGACCCACAUAAGAAAUUUUGGAAAGCCUUUAAAAUAACACUGAUCUGAGAUAAAUAUAAAAUAAAACUAAAAAAAAGCAAAAUACAGUUUAAUGGAUGGUAUAAAAUAUUUAUGACAGGCAAAAUCUUUGUUGUGUGUAUCUUAUGUGAUUGCUACAAGA